AUGUCUGUCUACACCAUCCACGUUACCGGCAUCGCGGAAGCGACGACUGAGCAACACCUCACCGACUUCUUUACGUUCUGCGGCAAGAUCACCUCCGUCCAGUUCGACCCCUCGGCACAUACAGCCACCCUCAACUUCGAGAAGCCUUCCGCGGCCAAGACCGCCCUCAUGCUCAAUGGUGGCACCCUCGACGGCGCACACCUCACCAUCACCAGCGACAUCGAGCACCAGGACAAGGACGACAGUGCGCACGCAGAUCACAUCGACCAGACCGACAAGCCCCGCGCAGGCAUUGCGGCAGAAUAUCUCGCCAAGGGAUACACCCUCUCUGACCAGAUUCUCCAGCGCGCGAUCGAGCUCGACCAGCAGCGCGGCAUCUCGACUCGCUUCCUGUCCUACAUCCAGGGCCUCGACACCACAAUCGGUGCAAAGACCCUCGGCCCAGAGAAGACUAUUUCGGGCAAGGUGCAGGAGACGCUGGCCAGUGCGACGCAGCAGGCCAAGGCUGUGGACGAGCAGAAGGGCAUCACCAAGACCGCCGGCGACUACUACACCCGCGCGCUAUCUUCGCCGUUCGGGCAGAAGGUGAAGGCGUUCUACACGUCGACGUCGAAGCAGGUGCUCGACAUCCAUGAAGAGGCGCGCCGCAUCGCCGAGACGCAGAAGGCCGGCGCAGCGGCCGGGAGCGCCCCCGCCACGGCCUCGACCGGGGUGGGAUCCGCCGCACCGCCGAUCGACCCGAGCGUGCACAGUGCAGCGACGACAGCAGACCCAACUGUUGCGGCGGGCAAGACAACGGAGGCGCCUACAGUUGUCUGA